AUGGGCGAGCGAGCUGUCAGUCUCGUCCCGAACUUGUUGGCUGCGGUGCCGGGAGCGCGAGCGCGCAGAGCCGAGGCCGGGACCCGCCGCCGCCGCCGCCGCCGGGUGGGAACCGGGCCGGCCGCCGGAGCGCGGCCGCAGCCAGCCGGAGCCGCCGCCGCCCCUGCACGCCCGCCGCGCAGCCCGCGCGCGCUGCGCUCGACCCCGCCCGCGCCGCCUGUGCUGCCGCCUGUGCGCCGCCGGGCUCGGAGGGCGGGCGGGCACUGGAGGCCGGCGCGGCGGCCGGAGCGGGCGCGGCGGCGGCGGCGGCGGCGGCGGGGCCGCGGGCGGGGUCGAGGCGGCGAUGCGGGCGCGGGGCCGGGGCGCCUGCCUCGGCGGCUGCUGCUGCUGCUGCUGGCGCUGUGGGUGCAGGCGGCGCGGCCCAUGGGCUAUUUCGAGCUGCAGCUGAGCGCGCUGCGGAACGUGAACGGGGAGCUGCUGAACGGCGCCUGCUGUGACGGCGACGGCCGGACGACGCGCGCGGGGGGCUGCGGCCACGACGAGUGCGACACGUACGUGCGCGUGUGCCUUAAGGAGUACCAGGCCAAGGUGACGCCCACGGGGCCCUGCAGCUACGGCCACGGCGCCACGCCCGUGCUGGGCGGCAACUCCUUCUACCUGCCGCCGGCGGGCGCUGCGGGAGACCGAGCGCGCGCGCGGUCCCGGGCUGGCGGCGACCAGGAUCCGGGCCUCGUUGUCAUUCCUUUCCAGUUCGCCUGGCCGGUACGUGCGCCCCUCCCCCGCACACCAGCUCUCCCCCUCCGCGUCUUGGCUCCCGCCGCCGCCCCUCCAGCACCUGCGGCCCGGCCGAUGCGGGCCGGGCGCGCCCAGACGGGGCGGGGCCGGCAGGGGGCGCCGCGCGGCGGGCGGGCGGGCCCGGGGCGCGUGCUCUGCGACCCGGUUCGCGCCUGGCCACGUGGGCGCGCGAGGGCCGCGGGACCGACGGGCUCAGGCGCGGGGUCGCGUUGGGGCGGGGUGGCUGCGGCCCGCGUGCGCGGCGGCCCUCGGCGUGUGCCUGCGUUGCCCUUGCGCGUGUCUGUCUGGGUGGGGAGGCGCGAGGCGAUCGGAGCCCGGCAGGCCGCAGAGGCAUGUGCGCCGCGCGUGCUGGGGCCGGUCUGGGGCAGGCUCUGGCGGAGCGGCCCCGGGCCCAAGGCCAGCCUGCGCCCGCCCUGCAGUUUCCUGGAUGCCCGGGGGCACGGAUGGGCGCCUGGGACCUGAGCUGGGAGGGCCUAAUGUGUGUGUGUUGGCGGAAGCGCCUGCUGCUGGAGGGAUCCUCAGGGAAAGAGACAGUGUGCCCCGUGCUAUGACUCUCUGUGACACUGUCGUUUGUGGGUGUUUUGUUUUGCUUGUUACGUUUUGGACGGUGGGAAGCUCGGCCCAGGGGGUAUCCUGUCUCCUUUGGGGGUGUCUAGUUAUGGAGGAGCCAGGGGGUGUUGGGAUCCAGCAUCUGAGGAGACAGGCCCCAUGCCUGAAGCUGCCUGAGCAUUGGAGUGGAGAGAACUUGGGGAGGAAGCCUUCUGAUGUUUGUCCACUUUCUGGUCCUGGCACUUAGAGGUCCUUAGCUGUUGGGUCACUACCUUUAUGCCUGGAAUUGGGUAGGGUCCUGGAAGUAGGUCCCUAGAGUGGAGAAACAGGUCAGGAGGAGCUGGGAUGGGUGGGCCUAGGGAGUGGAUGGAGGAGGUGCCAGGCAAUGACCCAAGGGCCUUCCUGGCUGCAUACUUUUGGUUGGCCCACACAAGAGUGUGUCCUCUUGGUGCCCUGGUCCUGAAGCAAUUAGGAGUUGGAGCCAGGCCUGGCCAAGGUUGUGCCGUCAUGGGCUCUGUUGCCUGGCCUCAGAGCCCCGGUCUGCAUCUUCUCCCAGACCUGGGCAGGCCACCCUGCUCUUGUCUUGUCUUCACCCCUCCUAAGCUGCCACCUACACAGGGAGGCUGCCCCAGCUCCUCCAGCCAUCCUCUACCCAAGUGCCCUGCUGAGUAUCCUGGAAUCUGUGGCCUCAGGAUGGGAAGUGUGUCCCUAAGAUGGGAAAGGCAGGGGUAGGCCUGGGAGAGGCCCUGGACAGUUAGAUCAGCCCAGCCCCCACGCCCCCACAGCAGCCAGCAGGCAGGUCUGAGCAGGGCCCACAGCCUGUCAUCUGUACUUGGGCCUGAGCCAGCGCGGCUCCAAAUCGCUACCUGAGGAUGUGUUUUCUGCUCGAGUUGGCAGCAGUGGGUGUGGGGGCAGGGAGGCCCUAGAGGAAUGUGGCGGGCCAACGCGUGUCCCUCAUGGCUCUUUGCCCUGCCGGCUGGCCGGUCGGUGUGGGGCGGGAUGGGGCAGGCCCUUGCCUUCCUUGGUGUCUGGGCGCCGGCUCUUGGGGCCAUCUCCCUUCCUCCUGCUCCCAGCUGGUUCCCUCAGAUGCCCCAGGAGGGGGCAGGCUUCUGCCCUGGUAGAAGACCAAGGCCCAAGAUUGUCAGCAUGUUUGAGGGGCAGCUCUGGUCUCUCUUCUCCCGUCCUAUUGUGCAGCCUGGCUGCCAGGAGGUGGCAUGGUGAUGCCAGCACCCUGGUAUUUCCGCUCUGUCGGCAGCAGCCCUGCAGCCAUGAUGCUUUGGCUUGCCACAAACCCAGCUCUGUCUUGUGAGCUGGGCGCUUUCGGAAUCCAGGUACCCACUGGAGUACUUGGCUCCCACUGGGGAUAGCAAGGACAAUGUUCCAGGCUUCCUGGGAACUGAGGUAUGGGCUUAGGUGUCCAGAUCCAGUUGGGACUCUUGGGCUCCUUGGAGUAGUGAUUAUGAAGAGGGCCAAAUAGAAAAACAGGACAGUAUGGAAGUCUAGGUUUUCCACAUGCCCCUUUCUUGGUGCUGUCUAUGACUGGUGGCUCUGUGUCUGUUUCAGGCUCAGCCUCCUUGAGUGGAUGGACCCAGCAGGCUGUCCAUGUGGGAGGAGCUGUUCCUCCUUUUCUGACCCCACUCUAGAUGGCCCCAUCGUCCUGGGUUGUUACCCUGGGUUGGCCCUAGUGCCUGGUGUGUGGCUAGCAUGGUGUAGGCCACGUUUGUGAGCACUCUAUGGGUAUGGCAGGUGGCUGGUGGAGGGUUUGGAGAUGAGUACAAGUUUUCCUUUGAGUCCUGAUAAGUGGUGGGUUCAGGGAAGCUGUCCGGCUGAGGGGAGAACAGGGAGGUUAGCAGUUGUCUGUGACCUGGACAGCCAGGGCCAGGCUUGUAAAGGACUGCCAGGAGAGAAGAUGCAACCUCCCAAAGCAGACUGCAUCUACCUGGCAGCCCACCUUCUGAGUCCAGGAGCAAUGCCCAGGGCAAGACCCUGUUCCCAGAUCUACUUCCUUUGAGGCAGGUUGGUCCUGGUGGGUGUACUGUAGGUGCCAGAGGCUCGGGCUGUGUAUGCUGGCAUGGAGGAACAUGGGCCCUGUGGCAGUUAUGGGAAAAACUGAGGUGGGUCUGGGGCUGACCUUGCUUCUGAAGGCUUAGGAAAGCUGAGAUGGGGCCUCAACAGUACUGGGCCUGGCUGUCCUCCCGAGACAGGUUCUGGAGCCCUAGUUUAGGCUUUGCUAAAGCCCCUCUCCCCCAUUGCCUGUCCAGCAUGAGGCCAAGAUCCCUGAGAGCCAUGGUGUAGUUGGGGGUGGAAGGACUGGUGGGCAGAGGGUGUAGUGACUGGCCAGGGUGUUGGGGGCACAGGGCCUGGUGUUCUGGGGCCUGGGUCUAGGAGGUGCACCUGAGCUGUCCUUGGCAGAUGUGAGGUCCAAGCUGGCCUCUACCCUUCAUUUCUCCUGAACCUGGGCCUGAGGACUCGUGAGGGCACUGACCUCUUCAUCCUGCCCAUCCCUUUGGGCCUCCUGUCUAUCUGCACACUAGGGGCGACUGCCUAGACCUUCCCACACUUUUUUGGUGGAGACCAGGAGUCCUGCUCCAAUGGGGUUGGGAGCAGGCUGUGCUUCACUGUGCAUCUGACCUCCAGCCUUUUCAAUUGGGGGUUUUGUUCAAGGCUAUGGGACAGGGAAGGGUGGAGGAAUUGGAAGUGAUGCUUUGUUCCUGGGCCUUGCAGGGUGGGUUGGUGGAGUGAGGCUGCAGCAUGAUAGGAGAGGGUGAUGGAUGAUGUGCAGUUGGAUUUGGUUGGGAAAGGAUUAUGGCUCUCAGGGACUCUUUCAGGUUGCUUCAGGUGUCUAUACAGAGUGGGGUCAAGCUGUGCCAGUGAAGGGUUCUGGGGAAGCCAGGCCAGGGCCUGCACUAGAGGUGGUGCUGCAGAGAUGAAGGUCUCUAAUUCUAGGCCCCAGACAGAGUCCUCAUGGGACAGGCCUGAUCUGGUCCUUGUCCCCACUCCCCUUUCUGAACUGGUCUCUGUCCCCAUCCUAAGCUGGGUGUGAGCAGGACCAACCUAACCUGGGGCUAACUGCAAUCCUAGGUGAGUGUGAAGAGGGGUGUGUGGGUGGGUGCUGGGCCACCUUGCUCUUUGCAGUUGGGGGUCUGUGCCUAGUCGAGCUCCUGGCUUGUUUCUGGCAUGAAGCAUGGUGGUUGGACUUCUGCAUGGCCUACCCUCUGCUCCUGCUAUGGUCCUGAGGCC